UCUAUUUCCUGUGCCAGGCUCCAUGGCGAUCCAGCAUGCGGCCGAGACACCUGCCCCCGAGGGCCACCCCUUCCUCUGGCUGCUGCUGCUGGCCGGUGGGACGCUGGUGGCCGCCCUGCUGGGCGCCGCGCACCGGCUGGGGCUCUUCCAUCGGCUGGCGCACAAGGUGGACAAGACAAGCGUCCGGCACGGCGGGGAGAAGGUGGCCGCCGUGCUGAGGGCGCACGGUGUGCGAUUGGUCUUCACGCUGGUUGGCGGGCACAUUUCCCCUCUGCUGGUGGCCUGUGAGAAGCUGGGCAUCCGCGUGGUGGACACCCGCCAUGAGGUCACAGCUGUCUUUGCCGCCGACGCGGUGGCCCGCCUGACGGGGACCGUGGGCGUGGCAGCGGUGACAGCUGGCCCCGGCCUCACCAACACGGUGACCGCGGUGAAGAACGCGCAGGUGGCCCAGUCCCCGGUGCUGCUUCUGGGGGGCGCCGCCAGCACCCUGCUGCAGAAACGGGGCGCCCUCCAGGCCAUCGACCAGAUGUCCCUGUUCCGGCCACUCUGCAAGUUCUGCGCUUCUGUGCGGAGGGUGCGGGACAUCGUGCCCACUCUGAGGGCUGCGAUAGCCGCUGCCCAGUCAGGCACCCCAGGCCCAGUAUUUGUGGAGCUGCCCCUUGAUGUACUGUACCCUUAUCACAUGGUGGAGAAGGAGAUGGUGCCAGCCAAGCUGCCCAAGGGCCUCGUGGGCCGAGUGGUCGUCUGGUACUUACAGAACUGCCUGGCCAAUCUUUUCGUGGGAGCGUGGGAGCCUCAGCCCGAGGGGCCUCUGCCCCUGGACAUCCCCCAAGCAUCUCUCCAGCAGGUUCAGCGCUGCGUGGAGAUCCUGAGCCGGGCCAAGAGGCCCCUGGUGCUGCUGGGAAGCCAGGCUCUGCUGCCUCCAGUACAUGCUGACAAGCUUCGGGCUGCUAUGGAGAGUCUAGGUGUCCCCUGUUUCCUGGGAGGGAUGGCGCGUGGGCUGCUGGGCCGCAACCAUCCCCUCCACAUCCGGCAGAACCGUGGUGCUGCGCUAAAGAAAGCAGAUGUUGUUAUCCUAGCAGGAGCUGUGUGUGACUUCCGCCUCUCCUAUGGUCGCGUCCUCAGUCGCAAGAGCAAGAUCAUUGUGGUCAAUCGGAACCGGCAUGAUAUGUUGCUGAACUCGGACAUCUUCUGGAAGCCCCAGGAGGCGGUGCAGGGUGACGUGGGCUCUUUCAUGCUGAAGCUGGCGGAAGGUCUGCGGGGCCAGACGUGGGCCCCAGACUGGGCCGAGGAGCUGCGGGAGGCCGACCGGCAGAAGGAGCAGACCUUCCGGGAGAAGGCGGCCGUGCAGGUAGCCCAGCACCUGAACCCAGUGCGGGUCCUGCAGCGGGUGGAGGAAACGCUGCCUGACAACGCGCUCCUUGUGGUUGACGGUGGGGACUUCGUGGCCACCGCCGCCUACCUGGUACAGCCCCGCGGUCCCCUGCGCUGGCUUGAUCCAGGGGCCUUUGGGACCCUGGGAGUUGGUGCAGGGUUUGCACUGGGGGCCAAGCUGUGCCGGCCGGACGCUGAGGUCUGGUGCCUGUUUGGGGAUGGAGCUUUUGGCUACAGCCUCAUCGAGUUUGACACGUUCAUCAGACACAAGAUCCCAGUGAUGGCUUUGGUUGGGAACGAUGCAGGUUGGACACAGAUUUCUCGGGAACAGGUGCCCAGGCUGGGCAGCAACGUGGCCUGUGGCCUGGCUUACACGGAUUAUCACAAGGCAGCCAUGGGCCUGGGGGCCAAGGGCUUCAUGCUCUCACGAGACAAUGAGGAUCAGGUGGUCAAGGUGCUGCGUGACGGCCAGCAACAGUGCCAAGAGGGUCAUCCCGUUGUGGUCAACAUCCUGAUCGGAAGGACAGAUUUUCGUGAUGGCUCCAUUUCCGUAUGAGGGCCUGUGGGUCUGUCUGUCUGUACGCUUGCUCCUUGCACUGGGACUAUGGACCAGGCUGGUCCGGAGUCAUUCUUGCCUGCUCUGGGUCCGUCUCAUGACACCCGAUACUUUUACAACCCUUCCUGAGUGGAGGGUGGAGGGAUCCAAACUCAAGAGAGACACCUGGCAUCCCCAGGGGGCGAGUUUUGUCUCCCUCCACAGGCUCAGCCAUGCCUUUUCUUCCCUCAUCUUACAGACCGAAUAAACUACCCCCCUGGCCCGUGUGGGUCCCAAGGGCUCAAUCACA